AUGUUGAAGCAGGCUGGGUGCCUGCUGCUGGCAGAGGCAGAGCCGGUGGACGUGCUGAAGGCACUGCAGUUCCAGGCCCAGCCGGCCGGCGUGCGGAAGGCGACGGGGUUCUGCCCCACCAGGCGGGCAGGGACGGGGCCGGACGUGGCCUACAGGAUAUCACGGCAGGCGCAGAUCAGCGCCCCCACCAGGCCGCUCUUCCCCGGGAAGUUCCCGGAGGAUUUCUCCAUCAUGGCCCUGGUGAAGGCCAAGGCCGGGACCCAGGUGUUCCUGCUCUCCAUGUACGACCAGCAUGGCACCCAGCAGCUGGGCGUGGAGCUGGGGCGCUCGCCCGUCUUCCUCUACCAGGACCAGAGCGGCCGGCCCGCCCCCGAGGACUACCCGCUCUUCCGGGGCAUCAACCUCGCUGACGGCAAGUGGCACCGGCUGGCGCUGAGCGUGCGCAAGCAGUCGGUAACGCUGAUCCUGGACUGUAAGAAGAAGGUGACGCGGCCGCUGCCCCGGGGCCCCCGCCCGGUGAUCGACACCCGCGGCAUCACUGUCUUUGGCACCCGCAUCCUCGACGAGGAGGUCUUCCAGGGUGACAUCCAGCAGCUGCUCAUCGCCCUGAACCCGCAGGCAGCCUAUGACUACUGUGAGCACUACAGCCCCGACUGCCACGCUCAGCCCCAUGCGCCCCAGGCACAGGAGGCGCAGCAGAGACCUGCCAGGCCCGAGGCUGUGCGUGGAGUCAGAGGCUACAAAGGAGAGAAGGGAGAGCCGGCCGUCAUGGAACCGGGAAUGCUGGUGGAGGGCCCCCCCGGACCUGAGGGACCUGCGGGCAUAUCGGGGCCACCGGGCACACAGGGCCCCCCGGGACCCCCAGGAGAUCCUGGUGAGAGGGGUCCUCCUGGCCGUUCAGGUCUCCCUGGCUCGGAUGGGACGCCUGGACCCCCUGGCACAUCUCUCAUGCUCCCGUUCCGGUUUGGGAGCAGCGGUGGAGACAAGGGGCCUGCGGUGUCAGCACAAGAGGCACAAGCGCAGGCCAUUCUACAGCAAGCCCGGAUGGCCCUGCGUGGCCCCCCGGGACCCAUGGGAUACACUGGCCGGCCUGGGCCCCUGGGGCAGCCAGGGGGCGCCGGGCUGAAGGGGGAAGCCGGAGACUUCGGACCCCAGGGACCCCGCGGGCCGCAGGGCCUGUCUGGCCCCCCGGGGAAGCCUGGAAGGAGGGGUCGUGCUGGAGCCGAUGGUGCCCGGGGGAUGCCCGGGGAGCCUGGCGUUAAGGGCGACCGAGGCUUUGACGGGUUGCCGGGGCUGCCGGGGGACAAGGGGUACAGGCUGAGUUUCGGUGAGACGGGUUCCCAGGGCAUCCCAGGCCCCCCUGGUGAGGAUGGACAGCGGGGAGACGAUGGAGAGGUCGGCCCCAGAGGGCUCCCUGGAGAACCGGGACCCAGAGGUUGCUUGGACCCAAAGGCCCACGGGGAUCCCGGGCCUCCAGGGCGUCGUGGCAUAGAUGGUCCCACUGGGCCCAAAGGGAACCUGGGGCUGCAAGGCGAGCCAGGUCCCCAGUCAGCAGGAACUCCAGGCACCCAGGGAUUACCGGGACCACAAGGUGCUAUGGGCCCCGAGAGAAGGUGAGGUCCCACAGGCAAACCUGGCCUCCCGGCAUGCCAGGGUCUGGACGGGCCUCCCGGGCAUCCGGGAAGGAAGGUCCGUCGGGAAACCAAAGGUAACCAGGGUCCGUCCGGUCCCCAAGGUCCGAUUGGCUACCCAGGCCCACGUGGUGUGAAGGGCGUGGAUGGAAUUGGGGCUAAAGAAGGGUCACAAGGGUGAGAAGGGGAGGACGGAUUCCCGGGUUCAAAGGUGACUUCGGUGAAAGGGAGACAGAGCCGCAGGCGCGAGGUGGGUGUCCCAGGAGCAGAGGAGAGGAUGGACCGGAAGGUCCCAAAGGCGUCGACCGGACCUCGGGGGAAGCUGGGCGUGACCAGGUCUUCUCCGGAUACCCAGGGUGAAAAACGGCAAGGCCCGAAGGGAUCUCAGGGCUUCCUGGAUCUCCCUGGCACCAAUGGUGAGAAGGGUGCUCGGUACGCAGCAGCCUCAGCAGUUCCCUGGUGCGAGGGGCGGGUCACUGCAGUGCGAAGCUCGCACGGGCCCAGUCACGGCUGCUGGGCCCGGCACAGUGCUCAGCAGUCUCAGCAGUUCCCUGGUGCGAGGGCGGGUCACUGCAGUGCGAUGCUCGCACGGCCCCAGUCACGGCUGCUGGGCUCGGCACGGUGCGCAGCAGCCUCCGCAGUUCCCGGUGCGAGGGGCGGGUCACUGCAGUGUGAUGCUCGCACGGCCCCAGUCACGGCUGCUGGGCCCGGCACGGGACUCCCGGGCCCCCAGGGGCCAAACGGCUUCCCCGGACCCAAAGGGCCACCGGGCCCCCCUGGCAAGGACGGGCUUCCCGGGCACCCCGGUCAGCGAGGAGAAGUUGGUUUCCAAGGCAAGACGGGCCCCCCCGGCCCCCCAGGAGUGGUGGGACCUCAGGGCGCUUCUGGGGAAUCUGGUCAGAUGGGGGAGAGAGGUCACCCAGGGCCCCCCGGGCCCCCGGGAGAGCAGGGCUUGCCAGGACCCUCUGGGAAAGAAGGAACCAAGGAGACCCGGGCCCCGGGAGCCCUCGGGAAAGACGGCCCGGCUGGACUGCGCGGUUUCCCCGGUGAGCGUGGGCUGCCCGGCACCCCGGGUGGCACGGGGCUGAAAGGGAACGAGGGCCGGCCGGACCCCAGGACCUGCA